AUGUCAUCGCCAUUGGAGCUUCUUCCAAAUGAGCUCCUAGACCAGAUCACAUCAUAUCUGUGUAUUGAACCACCGUCAUUUGCACACUUACACCAUGUACCCAGCUUGGGGUUGACUCAUUCUCCAACAACAGACUUGAAACAUCUCGCUUUGUCCUCAUCGCGUUUACUAAAUAUUGUGCGACCUCAACUCUUCAAUCAUGCCCGCCUAGACCUGCAUGAUGAACUUGAAUUCCGUUCGUUCAUCACGAAGUCAGGUCUUUAUCGACACGUGGAUUCCCUUUUGGUCAUUGAAAAUGAGAAACCAGAUCAUCCAGUCGAUCCAUUUUGGUGGCGCCAAGUCCUCCAAUAUCUCGACCCGAGCCAAGUUGUAAUCAUUGCAUCUCCUACUUUCCUUGGCAACACCUUGGGCACUCCAAUAAUGAAUGCUCAUAGCUGGGCCUUCGAAAUCGACUUGCAAAUCUUUGCUCUGAAACAAACACAUAAGGCGCCUGAUUCGUCUCAACUGUCUCAUCUGGAGUCAUGCUCCAGCCUUCUCUCAUCCAGACCAUGGACAUCAGCAUCAUUUAAUGAAUCCUCCUCAUUGAAGGCAUAUCACCACUAUGAAUACUUCCUCUCGACAGUCCCAUCCGUUCUUGGAGAAUGGGGUGCAAAUACAAUUCGUGUGGCGAAACGUCUGCCCCAACCCCAACCUGACCUGCCUGCUCUCCUGCAAGGCCUAACAUACUUUUCUUAUACAGCCGUGUUUCCAUUCUUCAACCACUCGCAGAUCGUUCUCGAUGCUGUCAUGGAAAUGCGCAAUUUGGAGCGCCUGGAUGUACAGCUUGCACCUUGUCAGGGAAACCGCAUUACCGAGAUUGAGCAGCGGGGACCAAUGGACCCUAACGACCCAUGGAUGGAGCUUACCACGUCUUACUCCUUGGUAGGAUAUACCGUUAACAACUUGGAGAACCUCAAGGAGUUCAGAUGCAAUGAUCUGCAUGUCGAGGCCAUGCGGGACGAUAUAAUAGCCAUCCUGAAAGAUGUGAUUACCGACCAGAGCUGGACGCAUGAUGGGGAAGGUACUUGGAGGCGGUCUUGA